AUGGCCGAAUAUCCAUCUGUUGAGCGUCUCACCCCGCUGGACUCGCUGAUGCCAAACACAUAUAUCAGAGCCCUGUUCACCUUCGCCACCACCGAGUCCCCUGCAAGGGUCUCUGCGAGGCUGCAACACGGCCUUGAUCAUCUUGUUCAGCAGCUCCCAUGGAUAUCCGGUCGUAUUGUCCCCAGAGACCCAACAAAAGGCAACGUCUCCGAAAUCCACUUUGAUUCAAACAUCGUUCCGCAAUUAGUCGACAAAGGGUUGAUAACCCUAGAGUACAAAGAAUUGUGUCAGCUUGGAAUGCCACCCGAUGCCAUUCCAGACGCGGUCGAUGCGGAUGGGUUUGCUGCUCUGGUCCGUCGCUGGGUUCAGUCCUGCAAGCCUUCUGAUACACACCCAAUGGCCCUUCAAGGCAGAAAUGCGCAGCUUCUCAAUGCACUCUCUGGUGAUCUGGCUGCGAUAUUGCCUGUCUCGCGCGAUGACCUACUAGCCCGACACCCGGAAUACUCCAGUAUCCCUUCAUCCUUCCCAACCGAGUUUCCAUCGUGCACGUCCAAAGUGUUCACAAUCCCCAUGGUCAACGUCAAUGCCAUCAAAGCGCAUCUGCCCGCUUCCCCCUCCACUAACACCGUCCUCUGCGCCCUUCUGUGGACGGCAAUCACUCGAGCCCGGCACUCACGCAAUCCUCUCAUCCAAACAUCCAGCCGGCUAGCCAUGGCCGUGAACGGCCGACGACGCAUCAGCACAUCCUUCUCCACCCCCGAAGAUCCAUACAUGGGAAAUGUCAUUCUAUACUCACUGGCCAACCUCCCCGUCCACACCCUCGUCCAUCAAUCCCAAUCCCCGGAAAUAUACAAUGCCAUCGCGCAGUUCGCCGCGUCGUCUCGGAUCAACGCCCGCCAUAUCGCCGAGGUGUACCGUCUAGCCGACUGCUCUGAUCAUCUCCAUGUUGGCUGGGACUUGUUCAGCUCGUGUAAUCUUACCAUUACCAGUUGGGCGGAUCUGGGUCUGUACGAGAUGGACUUUGGUGGCUCUCUUGGGCGACCGACUUGCAUCAGAGUGCCAUAUACCGAGGCAGAUGGUGUUGGGCUUAUCCUGCCUGCGAAGAAUUCGGAUGACACGGUGGAGGUGAUGGUUAUGUUGCGCCGGGAUGAUAUGAAUUUACUGGAGAAGGACAGACUGUGGAAGUCUGUUGUGGCUGUUUCCUGAAUAAUAUUGUUUAUUGUACCUAUUCUUCUGUACUUCUGUAUAUGGUCUGGUCUAUAGGGCUCAUAUCACAUCAGCC